ACCACUCAUCACUCGCCCCUCGAUCACCACUCAGCCACCGGCCAUGGCUCUUUUUUUCCAUGCAUCCAUCACCUGAAUUCAAGGGGCCUGCCUUCCAAGCACAUAAUCUUAUCAGAUGCAGUCUUCCCAGCUUCGGCCGCUCAAUUUUCUCCCUAUCCUCUGCCUACCAGUUUCCGAGAGAGUGACUCGAAGAACAAAGGGGGCCAGAAACAGUACUGUCAGGAAGGGAGACAGGGGUUCUAUAGCUCACCAGGGUUGAAAGUCACACGCACCAGCCGCUAACCAUGCCGCAAGUCUUCGCCGUCCCGGUCUUCUUCAUCGUCUUCAGAGAGACGCUGGAAACCACAAUUGUCGUCUCGGUCCUGCUAUCCUUUCUCAAGCAACAGCUGGGCCCAGAUCGAGACAAGAAUGUGUAUAAGAAGCUGCGGAACCAGAUCUGGUACGGCACCCUGGUAGGGUUCGUAAUAUGUCUGAUAAUCGGCUGCGGAAUGAUCGGCGCAUUUUAUGGCAUUGGAACCAACACCUGGGGAACCACCGAGGACCUCUGGGAGGGUAUUUUUGCUUUGAUUGCCUCCAUUAUCAUCGCAAUCAUGGGUGCUGCGCUUCUGCGCGUCUCCAAGAUGCAGGCCAAAUGGAGAGUCAAGCUUGCAAAGGCCCUGGAAGCCAAGGACAACAGACAUGGCAGACUCGGCAGUCGCAUUAAGGGGUGGGCCGAGAAGUAUGCUAUGUUCCUCCUCCCCUUCAUCACGAUUCUGCGUGAGGGCAUCGAAGCCAUCGUCUUCAUCGGGGGCGUGAGUCUCGGCGUUCAGGCCAGCUCUAUUCCGUUACCCACGGUCUGCGGCCUCGCUGCUGGUUGUGCAGUGGGCUUCCUCAUCUACAAGGGCGGCAACAUGGCUCCCCUGCAGCUCUUCCUCAUUGCGAGCACCUGCUUCCUCUACCUUGUCGCGGCUGGUCUCUUUUCUCGGAGCAUCUGGUAUUUCGAAAACAACGCCUUUAACCGGGCAACCGGUGGCGAUGCCGCCGAGAGCGGCUCGGGCCCAGGGUCAUAUGACAUCCGGUCCAUCGUCUGGCAUGUGAACUGCUGCAACCCUCUGCUGAACGGCGGCGGCGGCUGGGGUAUCUUCAACGCCCUCUUCGGUUGGCAAAACAGCGCCACCUACGGCAGCGUCAUCGGGUACAACGUCUUCUGGAUCGUCGUCAUCGCAGGCUUCGUCCUGUUGAGGUUCAAGGAGACCAAAGGGCACUACCCCUUUAUGAAAUCCAAGGCUGCGGAUGCCGCGCUGACCGACGAGACAUCCGCUGGAGACGAGUCAAGCGGCCUUGGCCCGGCGGAGGAGAAGGUCGUCGUAGGCGCCAAGCCCAAGGGGUCUAACAGCCAUGCGUGAGAGGGUUCGCAUGAAACCAGAGAACCAAAGCACCCGCGCGGAGUUGAUGCAAGGGAGCAUGGCAGCGUCCUUUUGACGUCUCUACAGGAUGUCGCUCAACAACUUUCGUCGCCUGCGAGACACCCGUCUGCAAACAACUUGUUUGAUUAGAGUCCGCAAUAUUUUGAGAUGGUUUUGAAAGCACCAGGGAUUAGGCAUGCGGGUGAGGUCGAGGGGUGCCUGUGGGUGACUUUUAUACACGGAGUACAUAUCCUUGCUGCGAAAUAGCUAAUCCAUGAUUGGCUGGA